UAGAACACGGAAGCAGCUUGAAGCGGAAAGCACGAGUAUGUCUGCAGUCUGGAGGUAUUAUGAAGGUGAUGACAACAACAUUGCCAUAGCAAACUGUGAGAUAUGUAAAAACCUGGGAUAGCAAAAGGUGGAAAGGAAAAGGCUACAUUUAACACAACAAACCUGAUACGGCACCUCAAAAACAAACACCCGAGACAAUACAGCGAGUUUACCCAGGCAACCCAGCUGAAGACGAGCUCACGCUGCAGGAGAGUUUGAAGAGGAGAGAAAAAAUUCCCCGUGACAGCGCGAAGGCGCAGGACAUCACAGCCAAGAUAGCACAAACGAGUGACCUGCCAUUCGUCUUUGUAGAGAACCCUGGAUUUCUUAUGCUUAUGGAGCACGUAGAACCUCGAUUUGAAAUGCCGUCUCGCCACUAUUUCACAGAGAAAGCUCUGCCAGCCCUUUAAAAGAAGAUUUCUGACAAACUACUUGUCCUGUUAUCAGAUGUACCCCAUGUUUCGUUCACCACAGAAAUCUGGAGUUCGUCCGUAGCUCCCAUGUCUCUACUAAGCCUUGCAAACGUCCUUGAUGAGAACAGAAACAGGCUCAAACCUGACAAGUUGUUUGAGGGUAUGAAAGCGUACCGGGAUGCUGAUGACAAAGUCCGUCUCUUCAGACCCAUGCUCAACAUGAACCGUAUGGCCAAGUCUGCGCAGAGAGCAUGCCUGCCAGCCUUUGACAAGGCAGAGUUGGUAGAGUGUAUCAAGAAGCUGAUACAGCUGGAUCAGGAGUGGGUGCCCAAGUCAAACUCUGCCAGUUUGUACAUUCGACCCACCUUCCUGGGUACUGAGCCAUCUUUAGGAGUAAAGAAGCCGUCCCGUGCGCUACUUUAUGUGAUCCUGAGUCCUGUGGGUUCUUACUUCAGUACAGGAGCUAAGCCUGUCUCUCUCUGGGCCGACUCCAAAUACGUCAGGGCCUGGAAAGGAGGGACUGGAGAUUGCAAAAUGGGAGGGAACUAUGGAGCAUCUAUCUACGCCCAAUAUGAAGCUGUGGAUUAUGGAUGCCAGCAGGUCCUCUGGCUCUAUGGAGAUGACCAUCAAAUCACAGAGGUCGGAACCAUGAACGUGUUCCUCUUCUGGACCAAUGAGGAAGGAGAGGAGGAACUAUCCACCCCUCCCCUGGACGGAGUCAUCCUCCCUGGGAUCACACGGCAGAGCAUUCUGGAACUCACCCGGAAAUGGGGCGAGUUUAAGGUGUGUGAACGCCACCUGACCAUGGCAGACCUGUGCUGUGCUCUGAAGGAGAGGCGUGUCAAGGAGAUGUUUGGGUCUGGCACUGCUUGUGUGGUCAGCCCCGUGGGACGCAUUCUUUACCAAGGAGAGAACCUGCAUAUACCAUGCCAGGAGGAUGGUCCUCAGCUGGCCUCUAGACUGAUGAAAGAGCUUACAGAUAUACAGUAUGGCCGGACUCCGAGCGACUGGUCCGUCAUUGUGUAGCUGAAACACGGUGGUUUGUGGAUCUGGGAAAAGCGCACACAUGCACACACAGACACACACACACACACACACUGUAUAUUAAUAUACACUGAUGAGCCAAAACAUUCUGACCACCUGCAUUAUAUGCUGUUGGUCCUCCAUGUACUGCCAAAACAGCCCCUACACGCUGAGGCAUGGACUCCACUAGACCCCUGAAGGUGUGCUGUGGUAUCUGGCACCAAGAUAUGAGCAGAAGAUCCUUUAUGUCCUUUAAGUUGCAAGGUGGAUCCGCUGUGGUUUGGACUUGUUGGUCCAGCACAUCCCACAGAUGCCUGAUUGGAUUGAGAUCUGGGGAAUUUGGAGGCCAGGGCAACACCUUGAAUUCUUCAACAUGUUCCUCAAACCAUUGCCGAACAAUGUGUGCAGUGUGGCAGGGCAAAUUAUCCUGGUGAAAGAGGCCACUGUCAUCAGGAAAAACCAAUGGCUUGAAGGGGUGUACCUGGUCUGCAACAAUGUUUAGGUAGUUGUCACAUAGUUGUCAUCCACAUGAAUGCCAGGACCCAGGGUUUCCCAGCAGAACAUUGCCCAGAGCCUCACACUCUCCAGCGGCUUUCUUCGAUCCAGUGCAUCCUGGUGCCAUCACAUCCCCAGGUAAAUAGCGCACACAUAUAUGGCCGU